AUGAUCCCCUUCGUGCCCCUCGCCUUCCUCGUUAUCACCUCCUACCUCAUAUACAACCAUGUUAUAAAACCUUACUUCCUCUCUCCGCUAGCUUCAAUCCCCAAUGCCCACCUCACAUCCCCUCUCUCCAGUUACUGGAUUGACCGCAAGCGCAGCACAAGCACAGAAGUACUCGCCAUAUACGCUCUGCACCAAAAGCAUGGCCCAAUCGUCCGUCUCGGCCCUAAGGAGCUGAGCAUCAAUUCUAUCCAUGGUCUGAGAAUAAUAUAUACGGGCGCUUUUGAGAAACACUCUUUCUACAAUGAUUUCUUUGUCAACUUCAACACUGAGAACCUGGUCGGCAUGGUGCACAAUGCCCCGCACGCGCAUCAGAAGCGCAUGCUGAGCAAGAUCUACUCCAAGUCGUUUCUCCAGGAAUCCAAUGAUCUGCGCGCCAUGUCAAAGGUUGUGCUGUGGAAACGGUUUAUGCCUAUUCUCCAAAAGGCGGGAGGGAGUGGAGAGGUAUUGAAUGUGCUGCCGCUGUUCCAGGCCCUUGGGAUGGAUUUUAUCUCCUCUUACCUGUUUGGAUUGAGAGACGGGACGAAAUAUGUGUUGAAUAUUCCCGAGUGGAGGGUGUGGUUGGAGGAAUAUGAGAAGUUCAAGUUCCUAAGUCGGGAGGACCGGUAUAUGGGGUUUAUUGAGGGGUGGUGCUUGGGGUUGUGCGAGCGGACGGAGGCAUCUAAGAAAGAGGACGUCUUCAAAGAUGAGGAGAAACUGCCAGGCACAAGCCCAGUCGUCUACAGCCAGCUGCGCCAGAGCCUCCUCACUCAGAAAGCACACGAUCCGCGUCCGCUGAACCUAGCAAUUGCGUCCGAACUGCUGGACCACCUGGUUGCAGGCCAUGAAACGUCAGGCAUCACCUUUACGUACAUGAUGUGGGAGUUGUCCCAGCGUCCAGAGCUUCAGGGCGAGCUCCGGAAGGAACUACUCACCUUGUCUCCAUCCCUCCAGUACUCAGACGCAGAUGGAGAGAACCCCCUUGCGUCUCCUUCUGCCAUAGACGCCCUCCCCUUGCUGGACGCUAUUGUCCGCGAGACCCUUCGUCUCCAUUCCCCAGCCCCAGCCCAACUCCCGCGUGUUACCCCCGCCACAGAAAAGGGUACAUCCGUGCACGGAUACGACAACAUCCCGGGCGGCGUAAGGGUCAGUUCAACCGCCUACUCGCUGCAUCGCAUCAGUGAGGUCUACCCGCGCCCGCUGGAAUGGCUGCCACAGCGAUGGCUAGAGGCAGGUGACAAGAUCCACGACAUGAGGCGGCUGUUCUGGCCUUUCGGGAGCGGUGGACGCAUGUGUCUGGGGAGUAAUUUCGCAUUGCAAGAAAUCAAAUUGGUCAUGGCGGCUGUAUAUUCAAAUUACACGACGUCUAUUGUAGACGACGAGGGUAUCGAGCAGGACUACGCGUUUAUUGCGCUGCCGCGCGGGCGGAAGCUGAUGCUGAGGUUUAUCCCGAUCGACAAAUGA